AUGUUCUGCCUUAGGUUCACGAUGUCUGACAGAAAGGCUGUGAUCAAGAAUGCGGACAUGUCUGAGGACAUGCAGCAGGAUGCUGUAGACUGUGCUACACAGGCAAUGGAGAAGUACAACAUAGAAAAGGACAUUGCAGCGUAUAUAAAGAAGGAAUUUGACAAGAAAUACAACCCAACUUGGCACUGCAUUGUUGGCAGAAACUUUGGCAGCUAUGUAACACAUGAGACAAAGCACUUCAUCUAUUUUUACUUGGGUCAGGUUGCAAUUCUUCUCUUCAAGUCUGGAUAGGAAGUAGGAGCAAGUGAAAUUUGGACUGUAAUGCACUGAUGGCUGAAGCCACGACUCCCUUUAACAUGGCUAUGCCGCUGCAUGGACUGUAUACUAUAUUUAAUGUGUAUAUGUUGCAGUAAAAAUCUACUUCUGUUUAGUUGCCUGGGAAGAAGGCGGCAUUUUUUUGUUACUGCUUUUUUUGGUUGUAUUGCACUAGGAAACCUGUAAAUGCUUAAACAAUGGCCUUUACGUGGGAAGAAAUAAAACUAUUCCACAACAGCUCCCUCAGUGGUAACUCCUUCUUUGAGGCUGGGAAAACUUCUUUGGGCAGGCCAAAAGACCCUGACUUCCUUACCGAGUUUUAUUAGACUGUUAAUCUUGUAACGAGGAGCGAAGCCAGUGUGAGCCUCUGUACCCACCCUGCAGACUGUAGAGAGCUGGCUCUCCCAGUACCCUCAGUGCAGGUACUUAGACCUUCCCUGAAAGCUGGUGGGGUGGCUCUUGGUGACGUGGCUUUCACACACAAGUUGAACUCCACCUCGGACUGUGAAAAACAGCCUUGCAGCUGGCACCCUCGGUGUUCUCUUUCAGUGCCCAUCACUGUAUUUUUGGCUCUGCUGAAACACUGACCUAGACUUGUAAACAGCUCAGCCUGGUCUAGAAGACUUCAACAAACAUCCCUCUGAGUCUCUGCUUGCUGCUGAAAGCAGCAUCCUGUGGCUGAAGUCUUUAGACCUUGAUACUGAGAUCUAAAGCCACGUGGCCCGUCCCUGAAAUGGAGUAGGAUAUCAAAUUGGUGACUACUGACAACAGCUCUAUUUGGCAUGUUCUUAGCCAGUUGUCUCAACACUGCCUUAACUUGACGCUCUCCUUAAAGCAAGCUAGUCAUGUGGAAGACUUGUAAGUGGCCACUGUCUCUUUUUUUUUUUAAUUUUAUUUUAUGUAGCUGAUAAGCUAUUUCUGGAGGCCUGUCCUCCAUGUUCUGAUAUCUGCUUUUGUUCUUAAAGCACAGUACCAAGAAGUUAAAUUUACAUGUGAUGUUUGUGUGAAGGAAACUCAUGUGACAUCUGCUUCAAAGGCA